AUGCAGGAAGUUAAGGAAAAAGCCAAUGCACUUUGUCAAGUAACAUCUCCAAAAACAUUACUUCUGCCACACUGCACCUGGGAUAAGUUUGGCGAUAUUAUGGCAAACAACGGUGGCAAAAUUAUGGGUCUUUUCGACAAGCUAGUCUCAUUCUUUUCAAUAAUGAACAUGUAUUCAGCCUCAAAGGGACAAGUACAAGAUAAUAGAGAAUAUCAAGACUUUCUCCAGCUGUUCACAGGAAAAGCAAAAAAUAGAGAGACAA